AAAAAAAAAAAAAAAAAAAAAAAAAAAAAAAAAACAAAAAAAAAAAAAAAAAAAAAAAAAAAAAAAAAAAAAAAAAAAAAAAAAAAAAAAAAACAAAAAAAAACAAAAAAAAAAAAAAAAAAAAAAAAAAAAAAAAAAAGAAAA